AUGCCCGGGAUGCUCGCGAGAUCCAAGUCUCUGCGGUUCCUAAGAAACAGCCGCAGAGAUGUCAUUGAUCAAGAGAAGGGAAACACAAUGCCGGCUCUAAAAGCGUCUCAAACAGAUCUUGACAAAUACCAUGCAUCUACGGCGAAUUUGCAACUGGAGGGAAAUCUCAAGGCUCCAGACGUGGUAAUCAGACCGAGCACCUCAGGCGGGCCUGUAGAGCGCCCAGUGAUGUCUCGCAGGGAGAUCAGUCCUGCGCCAUCGUUCCAUUCGGAAGACCAUGUCCACUCUUUCCAAUCGCCUACAUCUUCGACAACCGUACUCUAUACCUCAGAUGUCACAAAAGAGCAGGGGAUCAUUGGUAUCGCUCUUGGAUCGCCAACUUGCGCUUCGCACUGGAUCCCACCCCCUCAGGCAGUAGACUCGAAGACGAACCCAGGAUUUACAGACCUCCCAGCAAAUAUGUUGACUCACCCCAACGCCUCGUCGCCAUCCUUAAGUGGUCCCCCGGGGCAGGCCAAACCCAAACUCAGUCGAUGGAAGUCGCUAUUUCGCAAAGCAGCGCCGCCACCCAUUACUCCACAGGAGCAGGCCGCAUUCUAUCAACUAUCGCAGUCGGUGGACAAAUCAGCUCGUGCCGACAGCCACCACGACGAAGAAGUCAACGAAUCAAAGACUUCACUCAAGGACGAAACAGGGAGGGAGAAGCUGCGCAAUGUGUCGCCACCUGCAUACAAGCCUGACAUUCGCGAAUCGCGCAAAUGGAGCCAUGGCGAGUUUGUCGUGCCCAAGUCACCUCCACAAGCAACAUCAACCAGAGGCCGCGCGGUGACGGUUGGAAAUCCUGCUUCAGACCUCCAGGAGAGGACCAUCCAACGUUCAAUCCCGGCAACAAAUUUCCCUUCACGAACUGAGACUGACGACACUGCUUCAACCAUCGAUGCUAUAUCGCCCAAAAAUGUCGGCGAUUUUCCAGCUGCGGAGUCGAGCAGUUCAACACCGACGGAAGCUCCAAUCCUUGACAUCACACUCCCUGACAUCACAAUGGAGAGGUACAGCAUCAUGUUCGGCAACCUUUUGCAGUCUGGGCCGAGCCGUUCAUCGCUCCUAGAGCGACGCCAAGGAAAUACAGAAAAGGUCAAGCCGUUGAACGAGCUUUCUGCCAAGGAUGAGCCACCAGUUGAGAGCUUCCCUCUUCAGCGCAGAGUGACUUCGCCGGUUGUGACGUCCUCACCACGGCUAACACUGUUCCCUCCCACGACCACGUCUCGCGCACCCUCACCAUUGGGUACACCCGUUAUUAACCGCAGCAAGAGGGACAUUAAACGUUCCAAGACGCUGCCCUCAAAGUCGCCUGUUCGAACCGAGUUUGUAGAUAUUUCAGAUCGCUCUGAAAAAAAGAUUGAUGCCGCAAAACUAGCACCAGCAGCAUCUCCAUACCUGAAGCCUGCCCUGACGCCAACCUCCAUGUCCGGCUCCGAGUCUGAAGCCGAAUCCGUUCGCGUUGUUGCCGCCCCGAUUUUGCACGGCCACGGCCAACCGACGACGCUUCAUCUCGACGACCGGGAACCCGACUGGGAACUUUGUGCGCCGCCACCUCGAGCGGCAAAACGCGAAGCUCUCGUUAUCCCGGACACGCCCGUUUCAACGCUUGUCCGCUCUCCCUCGACAAGGCAGCCAAAAGUCACCAAGAUGAGCGCUCUCUGUUCACACCCGGCUUCUGCGCCUAUCGACGUACCUUCGCCGCUGCAGCGACUACAGAGUCUCUCGACCCCACCGCAUUCGGCCAGCCGGCUUGGGGAGAAGCGUGCAGAGAUUCAGGCACGGAGACGAGAGGCAAAUGGCGACAAUGCAGUAACAGCAAAAGCUACAGUGGGACUCGCGAGGAGCGUUUCUCUCAGCAGAGCACACAGUCCCCGAACUGUGGUCCGCGUCUCAACCAUACCGAGUGAGGAGCGAGUCCUUGACAAACUAGCCCUUACACCCACCAUGGUCGAAGUCAAGAACCGCAAGAGUCAUAGAGUGCAGCUCGAAGACGCUUAG